CUCAGCAUCAGCAGCACCGGCAGCACCAGCUUGUGGGGAGUGGGGAGUCUCCACUGAUCAACUCCCUGAUCUGCCAGUCCCCCCCAGCACCAGGCUCAGAGCUGCCCCACAGGGCCUCUCUUUGCCCUCUAAAGCACCAUGAGGAGUGCCCUGCUGUUCGCAGUCAUCCUGGCCCUUGGUCUGGCUCGGACCUUUGGGGCUGUCUGUGAAGAGUCACAGGAACAGGUGGUGCCUGGCGGGAGCCACAGCAAGGACUCGGAUCUUUACCAGCUGCCCCCAUCGUUGCUGCGGAAACUCUUUGACAGCCGCCCUGUCUCCCUGGAAGGAUUGCUCAAAGUGCUGAGCAAGGCUAGCGUGGAUCCUAAGGAAUCAUCACUUCCCCAAAAACGUGACAUGCAUGAUUUCUUUGUUGGACUUAUGGGCAAGAGAAACAGCCAGCCAGAUAAUCCUACUGAUGUGAAUCCAGAGAACAUCCCCAGCUUUGGCACCCUCAAGUAUCCCCCCAGUGCAGAAUAAACACUCCACUUUUGGACCCCUGGGCUGCAUCAUGAAGACACUGUCCCCUAUCGUGAUGCCAGGUGCACAUUCUCCUUUUUCCCUUUUUUUCCCCAUCCUUGUAACUUUCUUGUGCUUUGACACCCUCCCCAACUCUUCUACCCCAGCCUGAUGUGGAAACUGCAAAGAAACUACACCAGUCCCAAUGGUCAUUGAUUGUAGAUUCUGUAGAUUGAAUAUUGUUUCUGUAGCAUCCUACAUUAAAAAUAUAAUGUCUCUCUCUACUCCCCAAUAAUAAAGAAUUUUUACGUAUGA